GUCAAGCCCCGGGGAUGUAGCCCUAUCGGUGAACCUCGUUAACAAAUCUCGGUGUCGUGCUCCUGUGAUUGCUUAGUCCUCGGAUGAUCGACGGUAUGCCUCGGAUUUAUUCUAACAGACAUUGGCGCCUUUAUCGACCGCUGCCCGCGGUUGCGCGUGCUCAGGGUCACCUUCCGUAAGGUUGAGGCCGGCUUGCUCGAAGCCGCACUCACCGCGCUUGAGGCCGCCGUGCCGCUCGGCCUCAUGGUGUCCCUUCUUGGCAUGGAAUGCGACAGACUUAAUACUUGGAGGUAUGGGGUUGAUGGCGUUCGUGUUGCCUCCCUUCUCCGCGGCGCGGCGAGGCUCUCUCCGCUGGAACUUGUCUUCGCUAGUACCCACGACUCUUUUGAAAGCAUUAAUGUCGACCUGCCCUGCUUCCAUUGCGCCAAGUCGAUCGAGAUGAAGUCGUACAACUUUCGUUUCACACAGCUAUCGGCCAGAGAGUUCUCGGCUCUCGAGAGGCUAUGCCUUGAGGCCGGGCUGCACCAUCGUAAACCUUGUCACAAUGGUCACCCUCUGCCUGCGCCUACGCGUGCUCAAGGUGAUGCCAGAUAGGUCCGUGUGUGAUGUUACAAUCAAUUCGGAGUCGCUGGAGGAGCUUGAUCUUAGUGUCUAUGGAGGAUUCAAAUGUCAAGGCAUCCAGAUCAUGACGCCGCUACUUAAGCAACUGAAGCUUGAAGUUCGUUCCAACUCAAACCUUAGGGUGUCCAUCUCAACCCCAAUGGUGGAGAAGGUCUCAUGGUUGCUUACAUAUAACACUGAGUCGUCGCUUAUUUUUGGUUUUUGGUCGCUUCAGAGCAUGAAAUUAGAGACGAUAGAGAGCUAUAAAUAUAAUGAUGGGGUGAGCGGCAACCAAGAGGAAGAUGCAUGUUUGCGCCCCCUACGCUGCAAUGUCCUUUCUUUGCACAUAUCUGCCUAUCCCUAUAAUCGUUUGGGUGCAGCGGUGAACUUUGCACUGGAGAUGGAGAAACUUCCGGUUACGAAUUUUACUUUAUUGGAGCUAUAUCUCAACGCAAGGGGACAUGUUUUAGGAGCAAUUGUGCAGCAUCUCCUUAUGAUACAUCACAUCCAGACUACUACACAAAGGCUUAAGGUUUUCCUAUGGGACAGGUGUUGGUCAAAAUGUCUUGAAAACUGUCCUUGUGAUGAGCCCAAGAAUUGGAGGAGUCAAAGUAUCUCCUUGACUCAUCUCGAAGAAGUGGAAAUCAACAACUUCAGAGGAGGGGACCGUCAGAUGGAUCUCGUGGCAAUGGCAUUGAGAUGGGCACCAAGGCUUAAGACAAUGACCAUCAAGCUAGCUGAUGAGACAGACAUUCGACGAUGCGCCACGAAAAUCUACAACAUUUGUUUGGCGUAUCCUUUCGUUAAUUGCUCUGUUUAUAACCGCUCCGGUGGACUGGUUUAGCAUACGUGCAUACAGUUACAGUGCUCCUGGAUGUGAGGGAGGUCA